AUGGAGAACUGUCCUGAAGUUUACAUAGCCUCGUCCAGACGUCCAGAGUAUCCUGUGGCUCCCAGCAAUCACGGCCUUUAUUUGGCGGAAUGCAUUUUGGCCCCGCUCAGGCAACGUUUGGACUUUGAACACUCGAGGCUUCUCCCGGCCGGGAAAAGGCCUCCGGGAGAAAAUCUCUGGAAAGAGACCUUUGUGGAAGAACUCCCGGGGAAUUCCGGGAAGGUUCUUUUGGUCUUUGAUUUCAAGGCUGCCGAGGUCGAGUUGUGUCGGGCUUUUGACAUGGGUCCUGACAGAGCUAUUACUCUUGCACUACUUGUGUGCCCGAGUGAGUUGUCUGUGCCCGGCGGGCGGGUGGGCCGGCCGGUUCGGCCAGUCCCGGAGAGUUUGUUGAGCUUUGGAAUGUUGUUCUCGCAAGUUUCUCACCAAUAUUUCAUUCUCCUUCCUCACGUUCAGUAUUUUCGUAACAAGGUGCCAAAUAAAUUGGCGACUGGAUACAUCACCGACUACAUGUUGAAACGGGAUUGCUCCGGCGGUCCAUGGGGACAGACGCUAAAGAUGCUGGCAGAAGGAAACAAAUAUGCCUCAUUUGAGUCAGCUGGCAAGGACACAAGUGUCAGAAGGAACAAAUAUGUUGUGAGCAGGUGCCUGGAUGAAGAACAGAUCAGGAUGGACUCGCAGGCAGCUGUGUUCACUUCGGGUUUGAGGGAUUUGCUAACGUUCGGGACCAUAUUCUCUGCUUCAAACGGCGAGCCACCUCCAUGGCUAGCUGCUCAGCGCGAGGCCGCACCACUAGGGAAGUAUGGCCGUUGCUAUUGCGGCUCUUGGUCUCUGAAAGGGGACAAUUUCACCCGGUAUGCUAUGACUGACUGA